GAAAGGUGCCAACAUGCCACUCACUUUCCGUCUCGCUGCACUUCGCAUACACAUACAACGGCUUCACCAUGAAGUGUUUGUCCAUCUUCGCAGCCAUCACCACUACCUAUGUUGCCGCGCAGGACGUGGAAUGCGACGUCGGCGCGAUCUCGAAAGCGUUUGGGCCGAUUGUCGGAGAACUGAACGAGUGCAUGACCAAAUCUGGGUACGCCUUCCUCCCCACGCCGACAAAGCUACCUACGAAAGAGCAACUGAAGCUGUUUUGCUCGCAUCCUGAAUGCGACAAAGCCGCGACGAGCUACGCCGGCAUCUCCGCGACCCUUCCCGUGUGUCAGUUUGUCCUCGACAACCAAGCGGUCCCGACGACCGCGCUUUUCUCGACCUUAUGCCCCAACUAUGCUGGACGAACAGGAAAACCAUCCACCGCCGCCCCCAUCACCCCCGCCACAACAAAAAAUCAGACCUCAGCCGCCCAGUCGAGUUCUGCGACCACGCCCGCUCCACUUGCUCAAAGUUCUGCGGCGUCCUCGCAAGUGUCAACCGUGGCAGCCCUCGUCAUGGCAGUGGCUUCUGCCGUCGUCGUGUUGUAGUACUGUAGGACGCUUGUGUCUGAAAAUAUAUUGCAAUUUGUUGAUUCGUCAA